AACUGAACCGAUCGUUUCAAUUCUACGUCUGCGGUUGAAUUGAACGGUUCCGGCUAACGUACACGCUCCGUAACGGUCGCUCUUUCACUCUCCGGAGUAAAUUAAUUUUUUUAAACUAAUUAUAGUUAAAUAUUUGAAGAAUAAAUAUUAAAGUGUUUUUAAAAAUACAACCGAAGCAUAAAAUAUUUAAAAAGUGUAUACCAGAAAUAUAGUGAAGUGUGUGUAGUGAAAUAACAAUCGACACUGCCUAUGGAUUAUCUUCGCCGACUUUAAAUGGGAUUAUACCUGAAUACUUGAAAUUACCAAGCGAGCAUGGAACUGCAUUGGCAGCUGCUGACGUUCAUCGUGUGUCUCCAAAGUCUGCGUUCCGCCGGAUUUCUCCAGCAGGAAGAGCGCAAGUGCAAUUACGGCCGAAUCGCGAAGCUGAUGCGCAUAAAAUGCUACGAUAUGGACCUCAAGGAGGUGCCCCAGAACCUCAAGACCUCGGUGGAGGUUCUGGAUCUAUCGCACAAUCGCAUCAAGAAGCUGAAAAGUGGCUCGUUUCAAAAGUACACAGACAUUCAGUUCCUGAUGCUCUUUGAAAACAUGAUCUUAUCAGUGGAGCCGGGAACUUUUGAGCCACUUACUUCGCUCCAGGAAAUAGAUCUUUCGAACAAUGGACUUACAACGAUUCCGUUGGAGUUGUUUCAGCUGCCCCGACUGAGAAACCUCUAUAUAGACAGCAACGAACUGACAUCAUUAAAUCUCCAGGCGCUGGAGAAGCCCAUCCGGGCGCCACUGGAGUACCUCAACAUUGCAUCUUGCGAACUGCAGGAGUUGCCCGACCUGGGGAUACUGCCCAAGCUCUGGCAACUGAAUGCCUCGAUGAACCCGCUGCAGGACUUCAAGAUUGACAGCCUGGCGAACCUGUGCCAUCUGCAGGUCAUCGAUCUGACCAAGUCGCGGCUCAGCCAGUGUGGCUGCCAGCAGGUCACCAACCAUCUCAUGAUGCUCGGCGCCAGUCCGAGGUUCGUGCCCGUUUGCAUGGAGGCGCUCGACAUCCGCGAAUGUCCACUGCCCUACAAUCAGACGAUCCACUCGGCGACAUUCGCCAGUUGCCAGACAACUGUGGAGCUGGCCGAAACGCGCAGCUUGUGGCUCCUGGUCGCUGGCUGUUUUGGAGGCGCUUGUAUUGCGCUUAUGAUAAUCAUCUUCUGGGUGAUACAUUGCCGCAGAAAACGAACCCAAAGACGCAUGAGAAAUGUCCAGAAGCGAAAGCCUUUUGUGAUCUCGCCCAAAAACGCCAUUAACAACCGUCAUCCGGAGGACGAGCCUCUGCACUGUGAUACUGCCCGAAAAUAGCUUUAGUUAGUUAUUUAGUUACUUAGUUAGUUGUAAUGGCCAGUUAUUUAUUACCUUUGUCGCCUUAGUUUAGAAUUAGGACAACCGUCUACCUAGCGAAUCGAAACACUUACCAAAAACCACCAAAACUAAAACACCACGCAAUCAAAGAGAAAUGUCUUGCUCAAAUGCCACCGGUUAUUUGCUUCGUUAAUAUAUAAGUUAGUUAGUCUACAAAGAAAUCGACUAUUUAUAACGAACAACAAUAAAAAUUAAUUAAAAGAAAGAAACAUUUUUAA